UAAGCCCACGCACCACCAUGAAGUUCCGUCUCGGACGUCCGCUACUUCUGGCGGUGUUCUUUAUCAUAGUGAUACUUGCCGAUCAGAUACGAUGCGACGAAGAACCGGCUGCUGCAUCGGUCAAACCGGUGAAAAGGAAGACCAAAAAAAGCAAAUCAAAAAAGCUGGCUACGAAGAACCUAAAAAAAGUGCGCCCGGAUCGUCCCCAAGCCGACCGGCCUCAAGCACAAGCACCAGAAUACGAUUCAGCGUACGAUUAUGGGGAGAACUACGAUUACGGAACGGAUCCCGAUUAUGAUGGUGAGAAUGGCACUCGCACUCCAGAUGCUGGCUUCCGACAGCCAGAUGACGAGAUCCCUCGCGUCUCGACGACCAGCACCACCACGCGGGCACCCGAACCAGAACCGAUUGUACAACCCUUCACCUGUCAUCACGAAGGCAAGUGGUACCGGGAAGGGGAAGUGUUCCAGUCCGGCUACAAAGGUUGUGCGACGUGUCGCUGUAGAAAUAGUUCGAUACAAUGUGACGAGGCAGACUGCCCACGAGUCAUCCCGACUACUACAACCACAACCACUACAACGACCACAGAGAAACCGGAGUUCGAUGCAUCGGCUGUUGGUAAUCGUCUCCCAGCAGCUCCUUCUGGCGAGCCGGGUGUCCCUGGCGAAGCGGGUCAACCGGGCAUUCCUGGUACUCCUGGCAUUCCUGGACCACCAGGUCCUCCAGGACCAGCACCAGAUCUAUCGUUCUACACGCAACAGAUGCAAGAAACCAUGGGCGGAGCAGAUAAAGGCCCUGGGCCAGAAAACUUCCAGUUCAUGCAAGCUCAGGUCGGUCCAGUUGGUCCACGAGGUCCACCCGGUCCUACUGGUACAACAGGACCACAAGGAUUCCAAGGUUCGCGUGGUGAACCUGGUGAAACGGGACCCCCCGGUGUCGGUGGUCCACCCGGACCACGUGGAUUGCCCGGACCUCCCGGUAAAGAUGGUGCCGCUGGUGAUGAUGGCGAAGUCGGACCACAAGGUCCUGUUGGAUUGUCUGGACCGCGAGGAUUGCCGGGUAUGCCCGGAGUCCCGGGACUGAAAGGGCAUCAAGGUCUACCUGGACCCGAAGGUAUGAAAGGUGAAUCUGGAGCUGUGGGAGAAAAGGGUUCCGUUGGAGCUACUGGACCAGCAGGAGUUCCAGGAGCAGUGGGACCUGCAGGACCUCGAGGGGAAAGAGGACGCGAAGGUCCUCCGGGACCAGCAGGUUUGAGGGGCAUUGAUGGAAUUGCUGGACCACCGGGACCUCCGGGUCCUGUUGGUAAACAAGGUCCGCCUGGCUUUCCCGGAAGCAAUGGAGCUAAGGGAGAUAUGGGAGCGGCCGGUCCGAAGGGUAGCCAGGGACCUCAAGGUCCCCGAGGUGAAUCCGGUCGUCCAGGGCAACCGGGAGAACCAGGCUUGAAUGGUCCACCGGGCAAAGACGGAGUAUCUGGCGAAAAAGGAAGUCCUGGUUCGCCUGGUAUAGCGGGUCCUCCUGGAUUCCCUGGUCCACGAGGCGCACCGGGAGCCAAUGGAAGUCCGGGAGAUGCAGGCAGCAAAGGAGAACCAGGCCUACCCGGCGAGCGAGGGUACAAAGGGGAAUCAGGCAUUAAAGGAGAAGCUGGCAUUCCCGGGCCACGCGGUCUACCGGGAGCAGUUGGCCCGGAAGGAAAGCGAGGAAAACGAGGCAUGAAGGGACCCACGGGUCUUCCGGGACCACAGGGAGAACGUGGUUUACCAGGAUCGCCUGGACUACCCGGGCCCGACGGCGCUCAGGGUGUUAAGGGGCAGUCCGGAGAUCGCGGUGCGAUGGGACCCCAGGGCCCGAAGGGAUCCAGUGGAGAUCCGGGACCACCAGGAUCACCAGGCAUGCAAGGUUUACGUGGACAACCGGGGCGAGCGGGUGCACAGGGUAAGGCUGGUACUCCUGGGGAACGCGGAUUGCCCGGUGCAGACGGUAAAGUUGGUGAACCGGGAGUACAAGGUUUGCAAGGAUUGCCCGGCCCGAUGGGAUUACCCGGUGAUAAGGGAUUCACGGGUGAACCUGGAAAGGACGGAGACAUUGGACCUCCUGGGCCAGUUGGACCGAGAGGAGACGCCGGUAAGGAUGGACCCCCAGGAAUAUCAGGACCUCCAGGUCCUCCCGGAAAUGACGGUGAUAGAGGCCCGCCCGGUACGCCUGGUCCCAGAGGAUUCCAAGGCCUUCCGGGUACAUCGGGUAAUCCUGGAGCACAAGGAAAGGAUGGACAGAAUGGACCACCCGGUCCACCAGGUCCCGCUGGCCAGCCGGGUAUUCGUGGCGAGCGAGGAUUCCCAGGAGAACGAGGACCGGUUGGAACGCCGGGAACCCCGGGUCUGCGAGGAGAACCAGGAGCACAAGGAAACGAUGGACCGCCGGGCUCCCCGGGACCGAAUGGUAUGAAAGGACAUCAAGGUGCUCCUGGUAUGGUGGGACUUCCAGGCUUGCGUGGUCCAGCAGGACCGGCGGGAGAUAAAGGAGAACGUGGAAGCUCCGGACCACCCGGACCAGAGGGUCCUGCUGGACGUGUCGGAGAACGAGGACUUCAGGGUCCAUUGGGACCUCCUGGACCUCCGGGAGAACCAGCUGAGAAGGGAGAACCCGGCACACCAGGAAUUCCUGGCGAACCUGGCGCACCUGGUGCAGUUGGCGAACGAGGUGCAGUUGGUCCGCAAGGUCUUCAAGGAUUCCCUGGGCCUCAGGGCCCUGUUGGAACGCCAGGAGCAAAGGGCGAUCGCGGAAACAUGGGUCUCAAGGGUGAACAAGGUAACUCCGGUCUGCCAGGUGUGCCCGGUGAACCUGGACCACAAGGAUUGAUCGGCUUGACUGGCUCUAAGGGAGCACGUGGGGAACCGGGAUUGCGCGGAGAAACGGGACCGAUGGGAACACCAGGACGUCCAGGAGACCAAGGGCCAAUUGGUCAAACGGGAAAUCCAGGUGCACCAGGAACAGCGGGAAUGCCAGGUCUGAAAGGAAAUCCGGGAGACACUGGGCGACCUGGAAACGCAGGACCCCCUGGCAUACCUGGACAGCAAGGCGCAGAAGGAAUUAAAGGAGAAGCGGGCAGCGAUGGACCUCCGGGUGCGCCUGGCAAUCAGGGUCCACAAGGUGUACCAGGCGAUCGCGGAUUGCCUGGACUGCCUGGUCCGAGUGGAACACAAGGUUUAAGAGGAAUGCGCGGAGCUGCCGGUGAACCAGGCACUCCCGGUAAACCGGGCAACGAUGGUCCGCCUGGUGCUCCGGGACUACUCGGACCACCGGGACCUCCAGGACCGACAGGUGACACUGGACCGGAAGGUAUGCCCGGUAAGCAAGGACCGCCUGGAAUCGCUGGACGAACGGGUGAUAAGGGACCGAUUGGAAAUCCGGGAACGCAGGGCACAUCUGGUGCGCCUGGCCUACCUGGACCACCAGGACCGCAAGGUCCACUAGGACAAACCGGUGAACGAGGACUACGAGGUGAAAAUGGGCCUCAAGGUGUAGAUGGUCCUCCGGGACCACGAGGCAAACCGGGUCCUCCCGGAUUGGAAGGACCCAAGGGCGAGAACGGAGAACCUGGUCUCAAAGGUACCAAGGGACAUCGAGGAUUGAUUGGUUUACAAGGUUUACCCGGUCCCGCCGGUCCUACAGGAGAUAAGGGUAACGCCGGCAAUGAAGGACCUACCGGAAAACCCGGAGAGGCCGGACCUCGUGGACCGCCUGGACGUGAUGGAUCACCGGGUCUGCAGGGAAUGCUCGGUUCGGCUGGACCCCGUGGUCCACCUGGAAAUGAUGGUAAAAAUGGACAGCCUGGGCAGCCUGGACCUCCGGGCCCUCCUGGACCGCCGGGUGAUGGAGUCGGAUAUGAUGCGGCCGCUCUGGCUGCUCUGCUUGGCCAUGGUCAGAUGAGCAAUACCAAGGGUCCAGAUCCGAACAUGGGCGAUGAACCGAUGAAUCUUGGCCGUGUGUUCGAACUAACCGAUGAGGAACGUCAGAAGCUUGUUGAGAAUGCGUACGAAAAACUCAAGUCUGCCUUUGCAACGUUUAAGAAACCGGAUGGAAAGCAGACUUCACCUGCGAAGACCUGCCGGGAUCUGUUCGCUGCCCACCCCGAGUAUACUUCUGGCCAUUACUGGAUUGAUCCGAAUGAAGGUGACGCUCGGGACUCGAUUCUAGUGUACUGCGAUGCCGAAAAGAAGGCUUCUUGCAUACUCCCGCAGCCCCUCCGUACCAAAGAACUUUAUUACGACGGCGAAGAGCAGGAAGUAUGGCUAGGCGAACUGAAGGAAGGCAUGAAGAUAAGCUACAAGUCGGACAGUAAUCAGAUCGGAUUCCUUCAGCUACUCUCAGCCAGUGCCUCCCAGAACGUCACAUAUCACUGCCGUAACAGUGUGGCUUACUACAGCAAGGACAAGAACAACUACAGACAGAGUCUGAAAUUCCUUGCCUGGAACGACGCGGAACUCACGGCCCGAGGUCCACAGCGACUGCGGUACGAAGCUUUACAAGAUGACUGUCAGCAUCGAACGGCACACUACAGCCAGUCUGUGUUGAGCUACAGUACCGACAAACCGAUGCGAUUGCCCAUCAUCGACAUUGCGAUCCGUGACGUUGGUGAGGCACAUCAACAGUUCUGGAUCGAGGUUGGAGCCGUGUGCUUCCAGUGAGAAAGAGAGAAAGCAAAGGGGAGAAAGUAUAUCCGGGAUAUGGGAAAGCGGGUAUAGCAACAAAGAGACGAAUGGUGAUGCUGGUUAUGAAGCGAUUGUGAUGACUAUUUCCUUAGGGAACAGGGAUGUCGAUUCCUCUUCGUGCUUUAAACUCCGCAGAAGAUGCAAAGCGGAUCCUGCAACAAAAUCAUCUUGGUUGGAGGGAUCUUUGUCUUUUCUGCAGGAGUAAGCAAGCGCGUGCGCGUGUAUGUGUGU